AUGGCGGAAGCGGAAGGGAUUUCGCAUCUUCUGUUGCCGCGGCAGCCAACCCCGCCCGGGAUGGCGGAAGUGGAGGCGCCAACGGCGGCCGAGACGGACCAGAAGCAGUUCAGCGGCAGCGGCGCCAUGGACGUGGAGCGGAGCCGCUUUCCCUACUGCGUGGUGUGGACGCCCAUCCCGGUGCUCUCGUGGUUUUUCCCCAUCAUUGGCCACAUGGGCAUCUGCACAUCCACAGGAAUCAUUCGGGACUUUGCUGGCCCCUACUUUGUCUCGGAAGACAACAUGGCCUUUGGGAAGCCUGUCAAGUACUGGAAGUUGGACCCUGCUCGGGUGUAUGCCAGCGGGCCCAAUGCGUGGGACACAGCUGUGCACGACGCCUCUGAGGAGUACAAGCACCACAUGCACAAUCUCUGCUGUGACAACUGCCACUCACACGUGGCGCUGGCCCUGAACCUGAUGCGCUACAACAACAGCACCAGCUGGAACAUGGUGACCGUCUGCUUCUUCCUCCUGCUCUACGGGAAGUAUGUCAGCGUCGGGGCCUUCGUGAAGACCUGGCUACCCUUCGUCCUCCUCCUGGGCGUCAUCUUAGCUGCCAGCCUGGUCUUUAACCUUUGA